AUCCGGAUCCAGAUCCCGAUCUCAGGGCAUCAGACCGCGAGGCCGGGGUCCCUCCUCCUCCUCUAGCUGUAGGGUGCGGGGAUGGGGUGCGCGGGUGCGGGACACACCUCCUAGGCAUCCCCCCGCCCCGGGCGGGGGCGGGGGCGGCGCUGGCCCUUUAAGAGGCAGGGACAUUCCCGGCCGGCGCGUCACUAGCAGCGGGUAGAGCCUCCCGCCAGCCGGCCAGGGACGCAGCCCGGCCAUGGGGAAGCUGCAGCUGUUCGAGAUCCGCCUGAGCGAGAGCCGCGUCGUCUACAGCCCCGGGGAGCCGCUGGCCGGCACCGUCACCGUGCGCCUCUCCGGGAGCCUGCCGUACCGCGCUAUCAAAGUGAGCUGUGUUGGAUCUUGCGGCGUGUCCAACAAGGUCAAUGACACCGCGUGGACUGUGGAGGAGCAGUACUUUAACAGCACGCUCUCGCUGGCGGAUAAAGGGGUUCUGACAGCUGGCGAGCACACCUUUCCCUUCCAGUUCCUGGUGCCAGCAUCAGCCCCCACAUCGUUUGAAGGCCCUUUUGGGAAGGUGGUCCAUCAGGUCAAAGCCGUGAUUGAUACACCCCGAUUUGCGAAGGACCACAAGUGCAACAAGGUCUUCUACAUUCUCUGCCCACUCAACCUGAAUGACAUCCCUGACAUUGAGCAACCGAACACCACGUCCAUCACCAAGAAGUUCAACUACAAGCUGGUGAAGAGUGGAAAUAUCGUCUUGACCGCCGCCUCGGACCUCAAAGGUUAUAUCGCGGGGCAGGCGAUCCAGCUGUGCACCGACAUCGGGAACGAGUCUGGCCGGGACACUGGCACUGUGGUGGCCAGCCUCCUCCAGAAGGUCGCUUAUAAAUCCAAGCGCUGGAUUUAUGACUUGAGGACCAUUGCUGAGGUGGAGGGCUCGGGGGUGAAGGCCUGGAAGCACGCGGAAUGGAAGGAGCAGAUCCUUGUCCCUGCACUGCCGCAGUCCAUGCUGCAAGGCUGCAGCCUCAUACAUGUCGACUACUAUAUCCAGGUUUCCCUGAAGUCGCCAGAGGUUUCAGUCACUCUUCCUAUUUACAUCGGCAACAUCGCUGUGAACAGGGUUCCUCUGACCCCGGCUAGGUCGGUCCAGCACAUUCCAUCCGUUGUGGUGCCGUCCGCCCCACCAGAAGAGGAGGAAGCUGCCAGUGGCUAUCACCCAAUGGACAAUGUUUCAAUCCCCACCAAGAGCCAUUCCCAGCUUCAGAGGUUCAGCUACGCUCCAGGACUGAGCCUCCAGGACGUAAGGCUGGAUUCAGACCAGACUGCCUCCCCAAACCACCCCACACUUUGCUUGGCAACAGGAGCGACGGUCCCGUACUAUGCUGAGGGGACAGUGGUUCCGGUUCCCACCGCCAGCUCUCUCAUCUUGCCUCCGGAGUACAGCACGUGGGGUUACCCCAAUGAGGCACCCCCUUCCUACGAACAAAGCUGCAGCAGCGCCAACUCCAGCCUCAGCAAUGGCAACUAGCCCUGUGCUUGGAACCUUGACAGUGCUGUCCCCGAGGCUCCCCAUCUGCUGCCAAGUCCGGUACCGCGCAAAGCAUCUCUUGUACUUGGGGCCACCAGCUACUCCUGGGCUGAGAUUUUUUAAGUCUUUCUUUUUUUAUUUUAAAGAAAUAGAGCGGUGAGAAGCAGUGUGGGGCGUGGUGUAUGUGGGGUGGGGAGGGGAAUUGUACAGCCUCUUCACACCCGCUCUCCUGACGCACCGGGGCAGAGACAUUGCCUGCCCUCGGGAUGCCUUGCACAAUGGUCUGUGUUCCUGUACUGUAAUCAACACUUUAUUUAGCACCUGUGAUGCCUUAUCGAAAAUGCUACUGAAUUGUUGUCUCUACUGUCUGCGAUAGCAGGCUUGUGUGGAUUCAUUUGAUAUAUUUUUUGUGGUGGGUUUGAGUGCUUUUUCUAAUCAGGACUGGGCUCAGCAGCCUCGGUCAUCCUUCCAUGUGGGCCUUUGGUGUAGCUGACUUCCUCAAAGCCCUUCCUACCUGCUCUGCACCCCUACUUUACACCAAAUCAAUGGGGCAAUGUCUGCCACCAUAGGAGAUCUCCAGAAGGCACAGCCACAGCACAAAGGGGUAAAAAGGGCCUGUAGGGCAGGCUCUCUGCAUUGCCAUGCUGCAAAGUGACUGGCCAGCUUCCAACAGUUGCAAGCGAAAACAUUGCCAGUACUUGAUGAGACAAGGGGGCUUCUGUAGCCAUGACCUUGAUCUAGGCACUCAUCAGGAACCCUAGCAGGAUUCCUACUGGGGAUAGUCCCAGGUGGUGAGGAGGGGAAGAAGAGUGAUAUACAAUUUAAUACCUUUCCAUGGCACUUUUUGAAGCCAGUCUUUAGAGGUCUCCUGCAGGAAUAGAAUUGUCUAUAAAAAUCUUAUAGGAUUUUCUGAGCAACACCUGCAGCACCCUAUUGGCUUCAUCCCUUUUAAAUUCUUAGGACUUUGGUAUAAAGGGGAUAAGCUCUGCCAUGCCAGCCAAAUCAGCUGCCAGAAACCUCCCAGGCACUCGGUCUGCAAGUGGUUGAUAGCUCCUGCUCUGGAGGGCGUAACCUCUUCGUUCCCACAAUCCACUGCUCUCAGCCAGCUGGAAACUGACAAUCAAGCUUCAAACUUCCAUCUAACACUACCUCUGAGUUCUCCCAAGGGGCUUCACGGGGAACCCCACCCUUUGAAAUGACCUGAAAGCAGGAAAUGCUCUCCCUGCAAAGAGCCUUGCUGUCCAUUGGAUGGAAGUGCCAGAAAGGCCCGUGGACUGUGACCUACUCCUGCUUCUAGCUUUGCAAGCUGCAGUGCAAAACCAAACCAAAUGAGCAUGCUCCAGGGGCAGAGGUUAGGGGCAUUUAGGGGCAACAUCUCCUCCAACAGUGGGCCUCUGACAGGGUGUGUUUUUUGUUUUGUUUGUUUGCUUUGUUUUUUGAGGGUGCCCAUCUUGACCUCGUACCAAUGUGAUGAUCAGAAAUGCUGAUCACCUGCAGCUGCAUUUGACAUUGCUGGGUCCUGCAGACACUUUUCAGCUGUGAGUGCUGAACCCAAGAUAAGGGGUCUCAAGCUGCACACCCUAUAGCAGAAGCCAAUUCUGAGAGCCGAAGCCUUUCUCUCAUCCCCGCUUCCACCUGCCUCUACCUAACCCAGGGCUGGCUGCUGGGGGACGGCUCUCCCUUUUCUGUGCAAAUGUCAUUAAUUGUGUGGAACUGCUUUGGGGGAAGGGAGGAUGGGGGGGAAAAAACAUUCCCUAGCAGCACUGGCGUGCUCUCUCUCUCUCUGCACCCAUAGUUAUAAAAUGAUUGUCCAGGUCCAUAAAUAUAUGAAAUACAAACUUGUUUUUAAUGACUGAAUUCAUAACAAAUAAAAUUUUAAUGCUGUAUUUAAUAAAUUAUUCUGAGAAAAAUGGA